CCGCUGAGGGGAGGAAAUGGUGUAAAAGAACCGGAAGUGGAGCCUGUGGCGCGUGUGCUGGACCGCUUUGCCUCGGUCUGUUACCGAAGACGAAGCAGAUGCAUCAGGAAAUUAUGCACAGUGCUGAUGCAUCAUCAGCCUCAAAUGGCUUUCAUUUCCCAGAGUUGGUGAAGAAGAAGAAGAAGAAGAAAAAGAAGAGGAAGGAGGGCCUUAAUGGACAGGGGGAUGACCAACCUGUGGAGGCUGCCCCUUGCUCGCCUCCAUCUUCCGGACAUUCCUCAAUUUUAACUUGGCUCGUUGAGGAUACCGAAGCUACUGGGGCCUGUAGAAAAAAAACAAAGAACAUAAAACCUGGGAAAGAGAUUCCAGACUCUGAGUCAGAUGCUACUUGGAUCCCAACAGACAGUGAGCUGAAUAGCAAGUCUGGAACAGAUACUCGCGUAUGUAAUAAGAAAAAGAGGAAGUAUCAACUUAGUGAACAAGAGGGUGGCAGAGACUUUUGCAUUCCUGAGACUCCAGAAAAGGCCAGCAGCCUGCAUCCUGUGGUACCCUUAAUGCAGCGCUUAGAUCUUUCCCUGCAGGAGAAAAAGCAGACACCUCAGUCGGACAAAACUGCAGAAUUUUGUAGUCCCAUUGCCCGGAAGAAGAAAAAAAAGCGUAAAAAAGCUGAAACUUCAGAAGAGGCCAGCAGCCAGCUUGAAGCCAGUGACUUGGAAAAUGCAGGUUAUGUCUCUGAAUCCACACCUGUUCAGAAGAAGAAGAAAGCAAAAGUGCUCUUGUUAACAGAGCAGGCCGAGGCAAAUGGAGCUUCUGACAGGCUCACAGAUAUUAGGGCUCACCCUCCGAGUUUGCACAAACACAAUAGAACAGACUGCAGUGACAAAGAGGACACACAGAAGGACCUCUUUGCACCUUCACCUCCUGCAGUACUCUUAACACAGCACUCAGACCUUUCCCAGGAGGAGAGAAAAGAGGCAACUGAGUCAGACAAAACUGUGGAGUUUUGUAGUCCCAUUGCACGGAAGAGGAAAAAGCGUAAAAAAGCUGAAACUCCAGAAGAGGCCAGCAGCCAGCUUGAUGCCAGUGACUUGGAAAAUGCAGGUUAUGUCUCUGAAUCCACACCUGUUCAGAAGAAGAAGAAGGCAAAAGUGCUCUUGUUAACAGAGCAGGCUGAGGCAAAUGGAGCCUCUGACAGGCUCAACGAUAUUAGGGCUCACCCUCCGAGUUUGCACAAGCACAAUAGAACAGACUGCAGUGACACAGAGGACACACAAAAGGACCUCUUUGCACCUUCACCUCCUGCAGUACUCGUAACACAGCACUCAGACCUUUCCCAGGAGGAGAGAAAAGAGGCAACUGAGUCAGACAAAACUGUGGAGUUUUGUAGUCCCAUUGCACGGAAGAAGAAGAAAAAGCAUAAAAAAGCUGAAACUCCAGAAGAGGCCAGCAGCCAGCUUGAUGCCAGUGACUUGGAAAAUGCAGGAUUGCACAAGCACAAUACAACCAACUGCAGUGACACAGAGGACGUGAAGGAGGACUUCUUUACACCUUUGCCUCCUCCUGAACCCUUAACACAGCCCUCAGACCUUCCCCAAGAGGAGAACAAUGAGGUGAAUAAGUUGGACAGAACUGUGAACUUCAGCAGCCCUACCACACAAAAGAAAUCACAUAAGCGUAGAAAUGCUCCCAGCACGAAUGCUUCUGAUGGUGGGGUACAGAAAUCUCCAACUCCUGUCCAUUCAGACGCUGAGGAAUCAUCUUCCAGCAAGUUUUCCCUUGUGGACAAUGAGUUUGUAGAAUUUUCUCAGCUUUCAAUGAAAGAUCUGGACUCUGCCACCAAGGAGCUGGAAGAGUUCAUUCCUCACAUCAGGACCCUGAGUGAUUCAGCGAUCAGACAGCUGGCUGGUCGGGACCUGGUCAGAUUUAGAAAUUUUAAGAAAAAAGGCGUUGCUGUGCGGUUUGGCAAAUUUUCCAGGAAAGAAAACAAUCAGCUGCGGCACAAUAUUGAGGCCUUUUUGAAAGACACUGGGAUAGAGUCUGCAGAAAAACUCCUCUUUGCUCACAGGUUCCCCCAAGAGAGAGAAUCCAUCAAUAAACUGAAAACUAAAAACUUGUUUGGUGCAAAGAUUGCUCAGGGAAUUCCAAGGCCUUGGAGGCUAGUAUAUUACCGAGCAAGAAAAAUGUACGAUCCCAAGAAUUAUAAUGGAAGGUAUACUGAGUUGGAGAAGAAGAAGCUCAAGAAGUAUCAAGCCAUGUACGGCAACAACUGGAAAAAGAUCUCGGACCUGAUGUCUCGCAGCAGCCAUUCAGUUGAAACAAAAUUUUCUGAGAUCAAGUGUGCGUAUAACUCCGGUCCUUGGGGUUCUGAAGAGACAAGGAAGCUAGUUCAAGCCAUCAAGGAGACACUGCUGUCCAAAAUGAGAGACUCAGACCCUGCUUCAGAGAAAGAGGAUGAGGAUGGAGCACUCAUGGUCACGUAUGAGAAUCUCUGGAAGGGCAUCUCGUGGUCCAAAGUGGAAGCCAAAGUGGGCACCAGGCACUGGAGGCAGUGUAAACAGAAGUGGAUUAAUAUUGUAACCAAGACGUUUAUGGGUAAGCGGACGAAAAGGAGCAGACUUGAACACCUGCGGAUAAACAUUGCCCUCAUUGAAAGGUUGUAUGAAGUGGACGCUGAUGACGUGGAAGAAGUUGAUUGGGAAGAGAUAGCCAGUGCUAUAGGGAAUGUCCCUCCAUAUUAUAUUCGGAGCAGAUUUUACAGAACCAAGGCUUACCGUGUCCCUCAUUGGAAUAACAGAAGCUUCAUGGUGUCACUCAGGACAAGGCAGCUUCCAAAGUUAUGGAAGGUGAACCAGGAGCUCUUUCAUGCUAUCUCUCUUUGAUUCCUUGGAUGUUCCACCUGAAUUGAAAAUGGCAAGGCAGUUGGAGCAGUGCGGGGCCCCUUUACAACUGCGCAACCUUGCCACCAUCUGCAACCAACUGUGCUCCAUAAGAGAUGCUAGUUUUGGCUUCUUGAUAAGGUUCUUGACCCUUACCAAUCUAUCAGUUAGUAUUACCUUGUUCUGUGGGUUCAAGGAGGCAGGGCAAACCAACUAUUGAAAAUCCAGCAAGAUCAGAGCAUAAUAAGAGCCCUGCAGAAUCAGGCCCAAGGUCCAUCUGCCCAGCUUCCUAAUCUCACAUUGGCCAACCAGAUGCCCGUUAAUUAUGGGAACCAUGCAAGCAGCGCUCCCCGCCCCCCGUGAUUCCCAGCAACUGGCAUUCAGAGGCAUGUUGCUUCCAGCAGUGGAAGGAGAACAUAGCCAUUGUGGCUCAUUGAGAUUUCGU